CUUAUAAGGCGAUUCAAAGAAUUGCAAUCAGAAAGAGUUGGGACCUAUGCAUUUUUUGAAAAGGGUUUUCAAGAUUAUCUUUCAAGCUACCCCAACUAUGAUUUCCAAACGUACCGACAGAUGGCACACGAGACUACCGAAACAUUUAAAAAAAUAUCAAAUGAGAUUAUCGACAUCAAGAUAAAACUCAACAAGACACCAAACUGCCAAAUUAUUUCACAAAUAAUUGCUAAAGUUCAGGAUCACGAGCAAGAAAAACUAAAUCUGGUUCCAUUAUUUUUUUUAGAUUUUUUUUUUAUCUAG